CAACACUAUUCAAACAACAAAGUGAACAAAAUAAUGGAAGCUUUGCAUAUUGUUAGUACUAUUUUAGUGAUAAUCAUUACAAAAUUAGCAUAUAAUUUCAUUAAUGCAGUUUGGUUUAGGCCAAAGAAGCUUGAGAAAAACUUGAAAGAUCAAGGAUUUCAAGGAAAUCCAUACCGUUCAUUUCAUGGAGAUUUGCCUGAGAUCAAUCGCCUCCGUCGAUUGGCUCUUUCCAAGCCUUUCUCAUCUCUUACUCAUGAUAUCAUGUCUCGUAUCCUUCCUCUUGAUCAUCAAACCGUCCAAAAAUACGGAGUAAAUUCGUAUGUAUGGUAUGGUAGAAGGCCAAGAAUCAACAUAACGAAGCCAGAUGAAUUAAGAGAGAUAUUCACCAAACAUGAAGUGUACAACAAGGAACGCCCUCAGAGUGCAGGAUCAUUUGGACUAGUUAUGCGUGAGGGUGAAGAUUGGGCCAAAAUUAGAAGGAUUCUUAACCCGGCUUUUCACGUCGAGAAGUUGAAGGGCAUGUUGCCAAUAAUGGAGCUAAGUUGCAUGACGAUGUUAAAGGAAUGGGAACAAAUGGUGGCGAAAGAAGGGUCGUCAUGUGAGAUAGAUGUGUGGUCUUCUUUGAGUUUUAUGUCAGCUGAUGUCAUUGCUAGGUCAGCUUUUGGAACUUCUUACAAAGAGGGAAAAAGACUUUUUAAACUCCAAGACGAACAUGUUUCCCUUAGCUAUCAAAUGCUACGAUCCGUUACCAAUUACAUCCCAGGAUGGAGUUACAUCCCAACAAAACAACGCCGAAGGAAGGCGAUAGUCGAUCGCGAGAUCGAUGCUAUCAUAAGGAGUUUGAUUGAAAAGAGGAAGGAAUCCCUCAAAACAAGAAACUAUGAAUACAAAGAUGACUUAUUAGGGAUAAUGUUGGAGUCAAAUGAGAAAGAGAUAGAAGAACAUGGACGUGGGAUGACAAUAGACGAUGUAAUGCAAGAAUGCAAAUUGUUUCAUUUGGCUGGAGAAGAUACAACUGCUGCUUUGCUUACUUGGACUAUGUUGUUGUUGAGCCAACACCAAGAUUGGCAAACUAAAGCAAGGGAUGAGGUUUUGGACCGUUUUGGAAAUGAUCAAACCCCUGAUUUUGAAGGCAUCAAUCACCUUAAAAUUGUUACUAUGAUUAUAAACGAGACAUUGAGAUUUUAUCCACCGGUGUCCUCAAUGUCACGAAUGAUCAAAGAAAAUACUAAACUAAAGAAACUAUCCCUACUACAUGGGACGGAGUUUAGUUUGCCAACUAUCAUUGUCCAUCGAGAUCCAGAACUAUGGGGUAAUGAUGCAAAUGAGUUCAAUCCAGGUCGAUUUUCUGAAGGAGUAUCUAAUGCAGCUAAAGCCCCCGGCUCCUUCUUCCCCUUCGGAGGCGGCCCUCGAGUUUGUAUUGGACAAAACUUUGCGUUAACCGAGGCAAAAUUGGCCUUAACAAAGAUUCUUCAACGAUUCUCAUUUCAGCUCUCUCCAUCUUAUGUUCAUGCUCCUAGGGCUCUUGUGAGCUUGGAACCCCAAUUUGGAACCCCUCUUAUUCUACACAAGAUUUAGAUCUUUUAUUUCUAGGGCACUAUAACUUAUAAGCCCUAUAAUACGUAUUAAUUGUCUUUUUUUAAACGAUGAUUUUUUCCUUUUCUGACCUUUAAUUAGGUCAUAGUAAGUUUAAUAAGCAUGGUUCAAGCAUGGUUUUCUAAUUCCCUUCUCUUUUCUGUAUCAAAAUUAUUGUUCAAGUACGUGCAAUAUAUGAAAGUUUUUAAUCGAAA